GUACGAUGGGAAUGUAGGGAUCUGAAGGCCACACUUGGGUUUCCUCGGGGCCAUUAGCAGGACUGGGAUCCGCUGGCCAUAGGCGUUCUGCGGGGCUCACCAUCACCAACGUUGGCAAGAAGAACCCAGCCUCCGUAUUCCGUGGCAUAGUGCGACGCUGACAGGAAUUGACGCAGUUGCAAGGGUGGAGAGGCCGUCCUUGUGGAAGCCUCCAGCCCGCCAAGAAUUCCCUCUCAAUCCAAACAUAUUCAGCCUCCCCUCAAUAACAUCGGGUCAGCGAGGAACCCGAGCCCUAAGGCCCUAAUGCACCUUUCCUCACCAUCUCAUGCUUCUCUUAUCUCCUGAGCCAGUUCCUGGUCCACGAAUCCUGGAUCCUGCGGAAUUCCACUCCCAACUUCAUGGGUUCCUUGACCGCUACAGCCUCAACUCCGCGGCAAAGAAUCCUGUGGCUAACCGAACGCCGCGAGGCAGGAAGGUGGACGUCAUCGAAGGCUUGCCUCUACCUGGUAGCUUAGCAGGCAGUUAUUUCGGACGAUGAAUAGACGGCAUAUUGAGCCACAUGUUGACGUAGGACUUGGAUUGAGCGGUGGAUGUGACCGUCGAAGACAGAUUCUCGAUCACCGAUCGUACGGCAACGAAGCCGAACGUUUCUUUGCGCGCAUCACUGGGUCCUCAGGCCACACAUUUCCUCUCCAGAAAAUGACUUGUGCCAGAGCGAAGCCGUGGGCAUUGGGCAAUUGCGCCUCAAAACACCAAGAUCCAUG